AUGACUAUAAGGAACCAACGAUUCUCUCUUCUUAAACAACCUAUAUACUCCACACUUAACCAGCAUUUAAUAGAUUAUCCAACCCCGAGCAAUCUUAGUUAUUGGUGGGGGUUCGGUUCGUUAGCUGGUAUUUGUUUAGUCAUUCAGAUAGUGACUGGCGUUUUUUUAGCUAUGCAUUACACACCUCAUGUGGAUCUAGCUUUCAACAGCGUAGAACACAUUAUGAGAGAUGUUGAAGGGGGCUGGUUGCUCCGUUAUAUGCAUGCUAAUGGGGCAAGUAUGUUUCUCAUUGUGGUUCACCUUCAUAUUUUUCGUGGUCUAUAUCAUGCGAGUUAUAGCAGUCCUAGGGAAUUUGUUUGGUGUCUCGGAGUUGUCAUAUUCCUAUUAAUGAUUGUGACAGCUUUUAUAGGAUACGUACCACCUUGGGGUCAGAUGAGCUUUUGGGGAGCAACAGUAAUUACAAGCUUAGCUAGCGCCAUACCAGUAGUAGGAGAUACCAUAGUGACUUGGCUUUGGGGUGGUUUCUCCGUGGACAAUGCCACCUUAAAUCGUUUUUUUAGUCUCCAUCAUUUACUCCCCCUUAUUUUAGCAGGCGCCAGUCUUCUUCAUCUGGCUGCAUUGCAUCAAUAUGGAUCAAAUAAUCCAUUGGGUGUACAUUCUGAGAUGGAUAAAAUUGCUUCUUACCCUUAUUUUUAUGUAAAGGAUCUUGUAGGUCGGGUAGCUUCUGCUAUCUUUUUUUCCAUUUGGAUUUUUUUUGCUCCAAAUGUUUUGGGGCAUCCCGACAAUUAUAUACCUGCUAAUCCGAUGCCCACCCCGCCUCAUAUUGUGCCGGAAUGGUAUUUCCUACCGAUCCAUGCCAUUCUUCGCAGUAUACCUGACAAAGCGGGAGGUGUAGCCGCAAUAGCACCAGUUUUUAUAUCUCUCUUGGCUUUACCUUUUUUUAAAGAAAUGUAUGUGCGUAGUUCAAGUUUUCGACCGAUUCACCAAGGAAUAUUUUGGUUGCUUUUGGCGGAUUGCUUACUACUAGGUUGGAUCGGAUGUCAACCUGUGGAGGCACCAUUUGUUACUAUUGGACAAAUUUCUUCUUUCUUUUUCUUCUUGUUCUUUGCCAUAACGCCCAUUCCGGGACGAGUUGGAAGAGGAAUUCCAAAAUAUUACACGGAAUAG